AUGGCAUUACAAACAAAAAAAGUGAUAUCACUUUUACCUUCAGCAGCAGAAAUAAUUGCUUUAAUAACAGAUGAUACCAACAAUUCGAUUCAACUUGUUGGCAGAAGUCAUGAAGAUGAUUAUCCUAGUUACGUGACUUCUUUACCAAUUUUAACAGCUCCAAAAACUAAAUUUACAACAUCUGCCGAUGUUGAUGUACAAGUAUCACAACUUCUUGCAGAAGGGAAAAGUCUUUACGAAUUAGAUAAAGGUUUAUUGAAAAGUCUGAAACCAGAUGUAAUAGUCACACAAGACCUUUGUAAUGUUUGUUCAAUCGAUUUAAAUACUGUCCAAAAGAUAGCGAAAGAAAUGGAUCCUGUUCCAGAUGUGGUUACAUUGAGCCCAAUGUCAAUUGAAGAUGUAGUAGAAUCAGUUAGAAAGGUGGGAUUAUCACUUGGAGCAAUAGAAAAAUCAGAUAAAGUGAUUUCAUCACUUCAAUCACGCAUUAAAAUUGCAAGAGAAGCAGCAUCAAGGUCAAAAAAUAAUGGACUGGAACCAGUAAAAGUGGCAUUUUUUGAAUGGUGUGAUCCUAUUUAUCUUGGUGGACAUUGGACUCCUCAAUUGAUUCGUUGGAGUAAUGGAAUCCAAGUGAUAAAUGAUUGUAAAGAUGAAGAAAUUGCUCAAGCUGGAGCAUCACCUUCGUAUGUUAGAUUCCGAGUGCCUCCUCAAGAAAUUCUUGAUUCUAAACCUGAAAUUUUAAUAAUUUGUCCAUGUGGUUUAAAUCUUGACGAAACAAAAAAAGAAUAUGAAAAAACUUUGUUGCCUUCAAAUUGGUGGCCCGAAUUAGCCAAUAAUGCUAAAAAAAUUGCAUUGGUUGAUGGAAAUCAGAUGUUUAAUCGUCCAGGACCUCGUCUUGUUGAUGCACUUGAAUGGCUUGUUGGAUAUAUUAAUGACAUGCCAGAAAUAAUUCCAAAAAAUUUUCCUUAUGAGAAUUUGAAAUAA